GCCCCUCAUGGGGGGAAGGGGGGGGCGGUAGCCAUUUUAGAAAAAGAAGAGAUCUUGUUCAACUCAGUUCAACUUGUGAAUUUGUCUGGCUUUUCCUUGCUCGUCCCGUAGUUCCCGUAUUAUUUGAAAACAUAACCUGAUUUGUUCCCACAGAUUUAGAAAUCUGUGACUGUUCCCCGCGUUCCCCGUAACGUCACGUCAAAGUAGCGAAACGAUAUAUGGUAGAAAUCGAUAUUGAUUCUUCAGUAUAUAUAUUCGAACGGAAUUUACUGUAUAUCAGCGAAAGCUGAUACUUAUGUCAAUAACAAUUCUUCUAAUUUAGCAAUUUUUAUAUAUACACGUACAUCAGUACGCCAUCAUGUCGGGCACAAAAGAAAUAACAGAGCUGCAAGCGUUUAAAACAGUCCUUUAUCACAGUGUGGUAAUACUCGCGCUACCUGUGAUAGCGUUUUUUACAAGCAAAGUUUUCCUCUUUGAUGGUCUAUUAGGUCUCAACAAUGUACCAAGUAACGUGUAUUCGGCUGGCGUUGCAGUAAUAGUGUUACAUAUUGCCUUAGGGGUUUUUAUUUACAGAGCAUACUUUGAUGAUCGAUCAAGGAUAUCCGCAGUUAAGAUAGAUUAGUUUUUUAUUAUUAAGUACACCUUGGUGAUCAUACACUUGUGACAUAAUCACAGUCGACACAUUUUGUCUCAAAUAAAUAAUAUUAAGUGACAUUGAAAAGUAAAACUUUGAUGUGUUACAAUUAUUAUAUUUUUCUUCAUUUUCGCUUCAGUCAAUAAUUGAUUAAGAGCCAGUUGUAAUUCGUCAAAAUUAAUGAUUAAUAUUAUCUAUGCUAUGUGAUUCAUAUGGAAAUGAAUUCUUACAAAGCAACUUACAUUCCACAGCUUCUUCAAAAAUCACAUUUGCAUUGCAUAUUUCAAGUGUACUGUUCGAUGUCCAUACAAAUAUUAAAAUAUUACAUAUUUCCAUGUACAAACAAAUGUACAGUGAAUUAUGCAUUGUAUAAAAUAUUUUUUGUCGAUAAAACACAUUAUUUUUACCUGUA